AUGGAGGCUCUCCAUAUUAUUUUUUUAAGUUUAUUAUUUAUUUCUGAAUCACACGCUCGAUUACAUUUAAGUGACUAUCCCAGCGGUUAUGCAUUUGACAGAGAGUUACAUGAAAGUGUUUUGGAUUCAGAAUUGUGCAGAAAACAAUUGAAUCAUAUACUGUUUGAUGAUACCACCUUGCUAUUACAGUUUUUUGAUGCUGGCCCAAGAAUACCAAAGGGUGUAUUGACUGGAAAUUUGAAAAGUUUGGGCAAUUACUACCAAUGCUUGGGAAUCAGACGAUCGAUAGAUGAAGCGACGACAAUUGAUGGAAAGUAUUGCUCAAUUAACGUUGGCCUGCAACAGAAUGUUAAUGCUAUUUCUGUGCCAGAAAUUGACUGGUUGCAGGAGAGGAUUAAAGAAUGGCAAAUUUAUGGUCAAACCUUAUUAUUAGACGAUCAAGAGUUUUUAAAAGACUUUGUACAAAAGCAAUCAAGUCUAAAACAUUAUUUAUUUUUUGGGCCUGAUAUUGAAGGAUCAACAAGAAAUGAUCUAGAUUCUAGGCUUGGUGACUCAAGUGCACUGGCUGGCUUACAAUUUACAUUGGGAAUAUGUAUCCCAAAAGCUUGUACUGUAGAUGAGGCAAUUAAUAGUAUUGUGAAUAUUAGCAGCAUCAUACACUAUAAGGAGAACUUAUGUCGUCUUCCAAACGAUAAGAACUGGGUUACUGCAGAUUAUGUUGCAAUCAAUAUAGCAACUUUGUUAAACACUUCCGAUAAGCCAGGUAAACUAGAAUGUCUAGAUGGAGUCAGGGCUCUGGCUAUGUUUUGGGUGCUUCUUGGGCAUACAUUCUACAUUAUACCCUUCGUUGGAUCCAACCUUUUAGAUCUGCUUGAGUGGCAAGAGAAUAUUAAAGGUAUUUGGGUAACAGGCGCUCUUCAUACAGUAGACACAUUCUUUAUGCUCAGUGGUCUCCUUCUAGUUUAUAUUAGUGUGGCCAAAUUUAAGAAUGGUGCGACAGUGAUACUUUUCGAAGCAUCGUUGUAUAACAGAAUAUCAGAUGGUCCUUUAUGGGACUUGGCUGGAACUAAUGUACACAGGUGUAGGGAAUUUUGGUGGACGACGUUAUUGUAUGUACAGAACUUUGUUAAUCCGCACGAGACGUGUGUGGGAGUAACGUGGUACUUAGCAAUUGACAUGCAACUGCAUAUAAUAUCACCCUUAGUUUUGUAUUGGAUGUUAGGAAGCAGUAAACGGUCUACUUGGUCAGCCCUUAUAUUUGCCAUGGUUGCAUCUUUGACUAUAACUAUCUGCUAUAUCUUCUUAGUGGAUAUUUAUGUAGAUUAUUACACGGAAUACUAUGUGAAUAUUCUAACCCGAUGCCCGCCGUUCUUUGUGGGUAUGAUUGUUGGAUAUUGCUUGCGUGUGUAUCGGAAUAAAGAAUUCAAAAUGUCAGCGAUACUCAGUGCUAUCAUCACAAUUAUCGCAAUCGGCUUAACGUUUGUCGCUAUGUACUUGAAUUUCUUGAAAAGCUUAAGCGAUUGGGAUCACGAAGUAUUUGGCAAUUUGAUCGACGCAUUUUCUCGCUCAGUGUGGUGCGCGAGCUUGGGCUGGAUCAUAUUUGCGUGUGUUAAUGGAUAUGGAGGUCCAAUAAAUUUCAUUCUAAGUAUGGGAUUAUGGAAGAUUCCUUCCAGAAUAUCCUAUGGAAUGUAUUUAGUGCAUUUUUCUAUGAUGAUCGCAUAUUAUGCAUCUGAAGUGGAACCGGUUUACUUUAGUAUCAGUUCUGGGCUCUUUAGAUUCUGUGGUUUUCUCUUAAUAACCAUAGUGUUAGCUAUUUUUAUCACCGCCCUUGUUGAUGUACCAAUUUCGGUGAUCUUCAAACUUAUAAUUGAAGGAGGCGAAAGAAAACCCCCACCAAAAUCACAAGAACCAAUAAUACCUCAUAGUGAAAUAAAUGAAAAACAUAUUAAUAAAAACGGCGCAAAUAGCAACGGUGUGGUCGUGGAUGAAGCUGAAAAGUCUAAAAUGGAAAAUAGUAAACUUUGA